CUCCUUCCCCGCGGUGACCUGGGGGCCACCCCGCACCCCUUGUCGGGCCUGGACCUGUUCCCCACUCGCCUGCUUCCCCCCCCCCCCAAAAUAGCAGAGGACUGCCGGGAAGCAGCUGCCCAGAUCUCAGUUGUGAAUUUAUAGUUCGGGAAUGAGACUAUAAACUGUAAAAGUUAGAGGAGUUUAGAGAAUAUCGGCGUUCUGAGAGCGGGAGGCCAGAGCAGUACGGUGUAAACGCUAAAGGAAAUUUCCCACAGAACGAGGUGGUCAUCGCCCCCAGCCUCACUCGAAACUCACAAAAACACAUUCGGGUGGAGCCAGAGGAAUUACAGAAAAGAAGCUGAGGACUUUGGAAGAGGGUACAGAGGGUUAAAGAUUGGUCUUCAGAAGCCAACUAAGCUUGGUCUCUGAAGCACUCAGCGCAGAGACAGGAGCCCAGGCUGCCUCGGUAGCUCCCCUCCUGCCCCGCAAUCCAAUUUACCAUGGGAAAGUUGAGAUCCAGGAUGGGUGGCUUGUCCACAAUCACACACCUGAUUCUGGGCAGAGCCAGGACUAUCAGCCCAGAACGCCAGUUCCUAAGCAUCAUUUAUAAACAAUAAAAUAUAGACAGCCUCACCAUGAGCGGGGAACUGAUCAAGAAGUAUGUGGCAGCAAUGGUGCUGAGUGCAGCUGGAGAUGCCUUGGGGUACUUCAACGGGAAGUGGGAGUUCCUCCGGAAUGGGGAAAAGAUUCACAGGCAGCUGGCCCAGCUUGGUGGCUUGGAUGCCAUAGAUGUGGAGAGGUGGAGAGUCAGUGAUGACACGGUGAUGCACCUGGCCACGGCAGACGCUCUCCUGGAAGCCGGCAAAGUCUCGGACUUGGCUCACCUGUAUUCCAUCCUUGCUAAGCAUUACCAAGACUGCAUGGGAGACAUGAACGGCCGGGCGCCAGGGGGCGCCUCAAUGCAGAACGCCAUGCUGCUGGAGCCAGACAAAGCCGAUGGCUGGAGGAUUCCCUUUAACAGCCACGAGGGUGGCUGCGGGGCUGCCGUGCGGGCCAUGUGCAUCGGUCUCCGGUUCCCUCACCACAGCCAGCUGGACACCCUGAUCCAGGCGAGCAUCGAGAGUGGCCGGAUGACCCACCACCAUCCCACAGGCUUCCUGGGAGCCCUUGUGUCUGCUCUUUUUACAGCCUAUGCUGUGAAUGGCAAGCCUCCCCAGCAGUGGGGAAAAGGACUGAUGGAGGUGCUACCGGAAGCUAAAAAGUACAUUGUCCAAUCAGGCUACUUCGUGGAGCAGAAUCUGCAACAUUGGUCUUACUUCCAAGACCAAUGGAAAAAGUACCUAAAACUCAGAGGGAUUUGGGAUGGCAGAUCAGCCCCUACCUUCCCCAAGCCCUUUGAUGUGAAGGAGAGGGAUGAGUUCUACACCUCCGUGAGCUACUCUGGCUGGGGCGGCAGCAGUGGACACGAUGCCCCCAUGAUUGCCUACGAUGCCAUCCUGGCUGCAGGAGACUCCUGGGAGGAGCUUGCCCACCGAGCCUUUUUCCACGGUGGAGACAGUGAUUCUACAGCUGCCAUUGCUGGCUGUUGGUGGGGAGUGAUGUAUGGUUUUAAAGGAGUGAGUCCCUCCAACCAUGAGAAGCUAGAAUACAGAAACCGGCUGGAAGAGAUAGCUAGGGCUUUGUAUUCUCUUAGGUCAAAGGAAGAUACCGUAAUUACCCUUUAGGGAGAAGUGACAUUCAUCUCUGGUGGUUUCUCCUCUUGUGUAGUCCCUUUUCUGCUCGGUUUCACUUUUUUCAAAGUCAAGAGUCUUAACCUUGUACUCAGGGAAUUUUGAGACAACAGUCCCUUGGGCACCUGAAGGUCGGUCUUUCCAAACUUAUCCUGUCCUCGCCCCCCCACCCCCAAUCUACCCCUCUUCCUAUCCUGAAGAGUCUUUAUCGCAGUUGAUGGCAUCAGCGUCUCCCAAAUUAGAAAUCUCAUAGCCU